CCUACAAGCUAGACGGUGAUAACGCAGUGACUUUAGAAAUACAAAAGUAUUACUGAAAAUGGAAGUUUAAUUUUGUGAUUGUGGUUUCUGUUUAAAAAAAAAAGUAAGCGAGAACUUAAUCAAUAUCUUGCUUUGAUACAUCGCAAAUAACUAAUAAAGUAAAUAUUAUACAAGCCAAGUUUCGCUGGUGAACAAUGAAACUUACAGAAAUUGAGGGUGAUCUAUUUUCCUGUGAAGAGACAUUUAGUCUUGUUCAAUGUGUCAGCAAAGAUUUACAAAUGGGAAAAGGCAUCGCAGUUGAAUUCAAACAAAGGUUUGGAUGUGUUGACGAGGCUAAAGCUCAAAAAGCUGAUAUUGGUGAAGUCAUUGACUUGAAACAUGGACGUCGUCACCUCUUCUACCUAGUGACCAAAACCAAAUACAAUGAGAAACCGACCAUAGUCCAGAUGAAACAGUGCCUGUUGAACCUGAGGGACAGAUGUCUGGAAUUGGGUGUUAAUGAACUGGCCAUGCCAGCUAUUGGAUGCGGGUUAGAUGAACUCAAGUGGAAUGAUGUCAAAGAGAAAAUUAACUUUGCCUUUGGCAAAACAGACAUUACAAUUCAGGUGUACUUUCUUCCUGGAUGUCUGCCAAAGCAUCCUGAUUCCCAGCAAAGAAGGUACAUUUUUAUUUCUAUGAUAAAAGCAUUUAUAGAAAUUUAG